AUGAUAUGUGAAGAGGACCCUGGAAAUGUAGGAAUCACUGUGGGGGACGCAGAAGACGAAGAAAAAAAGAAGCAAGAACGAGAGGGAAAACAGAACGAUAGUUUUCCCCUCCUCGUAGUCAACAAAAAGGAGACAAAUCCAGCGGAUGAUGGUGAAAACAAGAACCAAAUGAUCACAAAAGACGAAUCGAAAAACAGUUCGGAGGAAAUACGUCCAAAGGGAUGCCUGCUGAAAGGGGAAAGAAAGUAUUUGCUUGCGUUGAAAAGCAUAAUUAGAACAAUGGAUGGUACGCACGCGCGCGAUGUGAACACGGAUAAGUGCAGAGAAGGGGAUAAAAGCCUCAAAGUUGGAAGUGGCAAGAGUGGAAGCCCCAUCCGCAGAAUCCGCAACCACAGAAGCUACAGUUACUUUGCGUACAAUCCUCGGAGUGACAAAAUUGUAAAUGUAGACAUGCACUCGCAUGUCCUAAUGGACAAGUCAAAUGACAAUAGCGUCUCCGCAUGGCCCUCCUGCGUGGAGCAACACGCGUGUGUACAGGCCAACCAGGUAGAGAAGAGCGAAGAAAACGCAAGGAAAAAGAAAUGGAACUUUAGGCAUAGAAUUAUGGGCAGGAUGAAACGCAGAGCGCAGCGCGAAGAUGUUUGUCAGGAGGCACGUCAAGAGGCCAACCAACCGACGCAAUCAUCGACGCACCACCCUGCUAACGCAUCCACCGAGGAGACCAAUUACGUCGUAUACAAAGUGCCUAGGUACCUCAAAAAAAAAAACAUGAAGUGCCCCUUCGUGUACAGGAAAGUCUUUUUUGGCAAGUACGGAAUAAUAAAUUAUGAUUUGAAGGGAAACAAAAAAGGGACGCUCGUUAUAACAUUUCAUGGACUCAACGGAACAAACUUAACCUUCCUGGACAUACAAAAAACGCUAAUCAAAUAUAAGUUCCAGGUUCUGAACUUUGAUCUGUAUGGGCAUGGAUUAUCUGCCUGCCCCAAAUAUAAUCACCGAAAGAAAACCUACGGAAUAAAUUUUUUUUUAACGCAGACAGAGGAAUUGCUGACCCAUCUGAAAUUACUACAUCAAGAUUUUUAUCUAAUAGGUUUUUCCAUGGGAUGCGUAAUUGCCAUCAGCUUUGCACAGAAGUACAUAAAACAGGUGAAGAAAAUUAUUUUGAUAUCCCCUGUUGGCGUUUUGGAGAAAAAGCCCUUUGCCCUGAAGGUUCUGAAGUUGUUCCCCUGCCUGAUCAACAUUUCGUCCUGUUUUAUGUUUCCAUGUUUUUUUUCGAAGAAGAAUUUUAAGCGCCCGUCGAAGGGGGACACCAAGGGGGACUCCAAGGGGGCGCCCGCAGGUGCAUCCAUGAAGGGGUCAAAAAGUGGCAACAAAUGUGACCCCAAAUGUGACUCCAGAAACGUUUCCAAGGAUGCCUCUAAAGAUGCGCCCGAUAAAUCGCUUAAGAAGGACCCCGAGGACGACUCCGAUAACGACACGUCCGACUACCUCUACAACCGAAUCAUGUGGCAGGCUUUUGUGAAAAAAAAUAUCACGCACUCAAUACUGGGCUGCAUUAACAACUUAAAAAUGUGGAGCGCCCAUGACAUAUUCAAAGAAGUCGGACUCAAUUAUAUACCCGUUUUGAUUCUCUGUGGAGAGAAAGACAACAUCUGUAGCACUCAAGUUUUCAAGAACACAUCGAAAUUUUUCAUAAAUUGCCACAUGAUAAUUUUUAGGAAUGCUUCCCACUUAGUUUUGGUGGAGAGGAGCAAAGAAAUUAACUCCUGCGUCGUAACCUUCUUUCAAUUCCCCAACAACGCUGAUUUGAAGACUGUCCAUCAUAUGUUUCCAGUGGACAGGGUCGGGAAUUCGGUCCUUUCGCAGCGGGGCGACCUGUUCUGA